UUAACUAGGAUAACAACAAUGUAAACUCGUCGAAGCGUUUGAGACUAUAUCGAACUAGACGUCCGCUUGUAGACGAAAACCCAUCCAGUGCACCACUGGAACCAAAUCAUACACAUUUUAUAUUGUUAGACAAGGGCAACAGCAUAGUCGAGAAUAUUAUAACGACAGUAGCGGCUAAAAUAGAAGAAAAAGCACGAAAUAUAAUGACACAAGCUACUGCUAUAUCAAUGGUUCAGAUAUUAGUCGAAGGUGGUAUAUUUUCCAUUGACACUGUUUGUGAAGCAGUUAGUUCUGGCGUACCAUUAAUUGUUAUUGACGUAAGUUAUGAACUACAGUAG